AUGGAGACAUCACCGAAGGGUCUGGAGGAAGGCAUAUCAGCCACCCCUCUGGAGUACAAUGACGAGAAAUCGAUGGGCCAGGUGGAUCCCAUGCCGAACUCGCAAACCCACCGUGGACUGAGCUCCCGGCACAUCCAAUUUCUGGCAUUAGGUGGUUGUAUUGGUACCGGCCUGUUCGUGGGAAGUGGUGCGUCGCUAUCGACCGUUGGUCCUGCCCCCCUGCUCAUGGGAUACAUCGUCAUGUCGACUGUUGUAUAUUUUGUCAUGAAUAUGCUAGGCGAAAUGACAACCUACCUACCCGUCCAGGGAGUCUCCGUCCCGUAUCUCAUUAACCGCUUUACAGAGCCAAGUUUGGGGUUCGCCAUUGGGUACAACUAUUGGUACUCCUUCUCAAUGUUGCUAGCAUCCGAAGUCACAGCCGCCGGAUUGGUCAUCCAGUAUUGGCCAACCUCCGUAAGUGUGGGCGUGUGGAUUGCAAUUAUCCUCGUGGUGAUUCUCGUUCUCAACAUCGUUGCCGUCUCAUGGUACGGCGAGGCGGAGUUCUGGUUUGCGUCUCUCAAGAUCAUCGCCAUCAUUGGUCUCAUCAUCCUGGGCGUGGUGCUUUUCUUCGGCGGCGGCCCGAACCAUGACCGGCUUGGAUUCCGAUACUGGGAGCACCCGGGCGCUUUCAAGAAGGGAUAUCUCGUGUCCAAUGUGAACACCAGCCGCUUUCUAGCCUUUUGGACUGCAUUGAUCAAGUCCGGAUUCUCGUUCAUUUUCUCGCCAGAACUCAUCACCACCGCCGCUGGGGAGGCUGUCGCCCCGCGUCGCAACAUUCCCAAGGCGACCAAUCGCUUCAUCUACCGUCUGUUUGCCUUUUACGUGCUCGGAAGCUUGGUCAUCGGUGUGACUGUCGCUUACAACGACAAAAGCCUCCUUUCCGGUGUGGCCAGCGGUGGCUCUGGUGCUGGUGCUAGUCCGUUUGUCAUUGGCAUUCAGAACGCUGGUAUCCAUGGUCUGAACCAUGUGAUUAACGCUGUUAUUUUGACAUCUGCUUGGUCCUCGGGGAAUUCCUGGGUGUACGCUGGAUCUCGUACGUUGUAUUCGCUUGCAUGCGAGGGCCAGGCCCCGAAGGUGUUUACCCGCUGCAACAAGAAUGGCGUGCCCUACGUGGCUGUUCUGAUCACCUGGGCGAUUGGCCUGCUCGCCUUUUUGAACCUGUCAAGUUCGGGAGCCGAUGUUUUCUACUGGUUCACCAACAUCACCACCGUGGGCGGGUUUAUCUCCUGGGUCUUGGUGGGAGUUGCUUAUCUGCGUUUCCGAAGUGCCCUGCAGUUCCACGGGCUUCUUGAGUCCCGGCCAUUUAAAACUCCCUUCCAGCCAUGGGGGACGUACUAUGCCAUUUUGAUGGUGGGGCUGCUGGCCAUCACCAAUGGCUACGCGGUGUUCUUCCCGGGCUCCUUCACGGCGUCGAGUUUUCUCGUGUCGUAUAUUGUUUUCGUCAUCUUUUUCGUGCUCUAUCUGGGCCAUAAGUUUUGGUACAAGACGCCGUGGAUGGUCAAGGCGUCCGAAGUUGAUAUCUUCUCUGGUAAAGAGGAGAUUGACCGAUUGAGUGAAGAGGAUUUUGAGAGACAGCCGCGGAACUGGCUGCAGCGGGUGUGGUGGUGGAUUGCAUAG